AUGUAUCUGCCUCUUUACAAUGUAUCAGAAAAGAGAUGUCUGGUUAGAAUUCCUGUGUCCAAACUUGGAUUUCUUACAGUAUUACUACCGUUACUUGCCUUCAUUAUUUGCAUCAUAAUGACUAUGUAUAAAGACUUUGAAAGAGCUAAUAAUACACAUUGCAAUGUGCCUAAUGUAUUUCCAUCAAUAUCAGCAUCUAUUGGAAAUUAUGAGCCACAAAAUAGCAUUUGGAAAACUGCUAUUUACGUCCAUUUCCCAUUAAGAUGUUUUAUUAUUUAUUUACGAUGGAAAUAUUACCAAGAAAUUAUUUUAGAAAAUUGUAUCAUAAUUGUAAAUUUAGCAAUAUUAUUGAAUAUUGCAGAAAAUUUGUCACUAUUAGGGUUGACAUAUUGGACAUCUUCAUAUAAUUAUCCAUAUCAUGAAAUAUUCUUCAAAACAUUUAUUGGAACAUCAAUAUUUUAUAUGCUACUAACAUGCAUAUUGUUAACCCAGUACCGUAGAAAGCCUCACAUGUCACAUUUGGAGAGGAACUCUGUCAAGUUAAAAUGGCGAGCAUUUUUUAUUAAUGUUGUUUCAUUUGCACUUGCAGCUUAUUUCUUCUUAAGGCACAACAGCCUUUGUGAGCCAUAUGUAUACUCCAUGUUUGGAUUUUCUGAAUAUAUUGUUGUAUUCAGCAAUAUAGCAUUCCAUAUGACAACUGUUUAUGAUUUGAAGAGGCGUAAUGUUUGUAUUAGUACAAGGGGAAUUGCAGUAGAAUAG